GUUUUCACUUCGAACCGAUGUAUUAAAAAUCGUCUAAAUCAGGAUAAUACGAUGUCCUGAUCGUCACGUUAUCGGGCAGAGUCUCGCCGACGUCGAAGUGUCGUUUGUGUUUGCUCCCGCCUCGGGGGCGUGUGCUCUUGGUGAUUCCGCUGAACCCGCAUAUAUAACAAUAUUCUGCUCGCGCAUGUGAAAUCGUAUUUGACGGCUAGCGGACAGACGGACUGACGGACAAUGGCGAACGCUGCAAGGAGGUUCCCUCGGCCAGAAAGUUGAUCGUGAUUUUUGGGGAUUCGUUGAGGGGAACAGGGACCUGCGAUCGUCACAUGUUCCCGAUUUGAUCCCGACGAUAAAUACGUUGUUCCGUUGAUUGUCCGACGGCGUUUUUGGCUGGUUUACGCUUCCGUAAUCCGUGUUGUAAAUGUUUGAAAAACUAAAUACAUGUAUACGUAAAGGGGUAUGCGUUAGACCCAGUGCUGCUGUGUGGAAAGUGGAGUUUAAUCUCUAUGUCAGUUUUAUCGGUAAAGUUUCAAUUCGAAACACUUGGCACUUUUUACUUCGACACUUGGCAAGUCCGAGUUGCUCGUCAAACUGACAACGAAUUAAAUCCAUCAAUCUAUGGACCAUGCAGAGAACGAUAACCCAAAAAACAGAACUUCCUAUUCGCAUCUGAAAAAAGUGACUGACUAUAUAGACGUAUGAACAGUCAAAUACCAAAAGACACUUGCUGAAGUGUCUCAGAGUUGAAAAAUUACCUGCUUUGAGACGUUACCAAAACGCUAUCAAGAUGGGAAACUGUUUUAGCAGCCCGACAAAUUCUGAAAAGGAUAAGUCUCAGAGGAGCGGCAACACCACCAGCGACCCUAUCGCGUUGCCAGCUAGCCCGGUUCCGACUCCGCCUCCGGAUCCUAUCAGACCGAUACCGCAAAUACCUGAAACCGAUGCGCCGACGGCUAAAAUAUUCGUCGCCCUCUACGACUAUGAUGCAAGGACUGACGAGGACCUCAGCUUCAGAAAGGGAGAACACUUAGAAAUCCUUAACGACACGCAGGGCGACUGGUGGCUCGCUAGAAGCAAGAGGACCAGACAGGAAGGAUACAUUCCCAGUAACUACGUUGCCAAACUGAAAUCUAUUGAAGCUGAACCAUGGUACUUCAGAAAAAUAAAGCGAAUUGAAGCCGAGAAGAAACUGUUACUGCCAGAGAAUGAUCAUGGAGCAUUCUUAAUUCGAGAUUCGGAAAGUCGACACAAUGACUAUUCCCUAUCGGUGCGAGAUGGGGACACAGUAAAACAUUACCGUAUCAGGCAACUGGAUGAAGGUGGUUUCUUCAUAGCCAGGCGUACAACUUUCAGAACACUACAGGAACUCGUUGAACAUUACAGCAAAGACGCAGAUGGUCUCUGUGUCAAUCUUUGUAAACCGUGUGUGCAGGUUGAGAAACCUGUAACGGAGGGUUUGAGUCAUCGCACGCGAGAUCAAUGGGAGAUCGAUAGAUCGUCCCUGAAAUUUGUCCGCAAACUUGGUCAAGGUCAAUUCGGUGAGGUAUGGGAAGGCUUAUGGAACAAUACCACACCAGUGGCGAUAAAAACAUUGAAGCCAGGAACGAUGGAUCCCAAAGAUUUCCUUGCCGAAGCUCAAAUUAUGAAGAAAUUGAGGCACGCAAAAUUGAUUCAACUCUAUGCUGUUUGUACAAUGGAAGAGCCUAUAUAUAUCAUAACUGAGCUAAUGAGAAAUGGAAGCUUGUUAGAAUUCUUACAAGGAAAAGGCCGGGGCUUGAAACUUGCCCAGCUGAUCGAUAUGUCAGCUCAGAUAGCUGCCGGCAUGGCGUACUUGGAAUCGCAAAACUACAUUCACAGAGAUCUUGCUGCUCGAAAUGUUUUGGUAGCAGAUAGUAAUAUUGUAAAGAUUGCUGACUUUGGGCUAGCUAGACUGAUAAAAGAGGAUGAAUACGAAGCUAGGAUAGGCGCUAGAUUCCCAAUUAAGUGGACUGCACCAGAAGCAGCCAAUUAUAGCAAAUUCAGUAUUAAAUCUGACGUUUGGUCCUUCGGAAUUCUGCUGACAGAGCUGGUUACUUAUGGAAGAAUUCCAUACCCUGGAAUGACGAACGCUGAAGUUUUGCAUCAAGUGGAACAUGGCUAUCGUAUGCCUUGCCCACCCAAUUGCCCAACAGCUCUUUACGACAUAAUGCUGGAAUGUUGGAACAAAGACCCGAUGAAGAGGCCCACCUUUGAAACACUUCAGUGGAAACUAGAAGAUUUCUUUACUAUGGAUGGCUCAGAGUACAAAGAGGCAUCUGCGUACUGAUCUACGCGUUAGUAAUCGCGAUAUUGAUUUUCUUAGAUCUGCUGUUUUUUUAUAGCCUAAUACACUACUAAUAAAUCGAUGUAGUGAGUGUAGAGAAUGACUGACGAUUGGGUUGAAAUCAUUUUCAGUUGGCCUUGGCCAAACCUGAUCUUUAAGAUAUCCAUAAUAAACACGUUUAACCAGAAGUUUCAAAAUGUCAGUUGAAAUUUCUAUUUUUAUUUGACUAAAUGAAGUCGAGGCACGAUUAAAUUACGUACAUGGCCUAGGUUGAAAUAUUCGCAAAAUUUUAUUCCGCUUCCUUAUUUUAAACAUCCAGUCCACACGCUGAUAUAAAAUGUCAAAAGUAACUUACUAUUAAUUCAGUGUAUCAUCUGUAGUACACGUUAUAAAAAAACAGCAUGUAUUCUAUUAGAUAUGAUUUAUUUUUUCAUAUAGAAUAACCAGCAUCGUCAUUAACGAUUUUUUUUAUUCUAGCUGCCAUAUACAGGUAUAAGUUCUUUUUCUAUAAUUCUUUUCUCAAGAAUACGCGGACAAUAUUACACAUUUUUAAAGUUAAACAUUUUUCUCGAAUAUGCAUGCGAAAUUUGAAGUGACUUUUAAAAUAUGAUGAAUGAUUUAGCGAUGGGAAUGUCUUAACUGUACGACAAUUAUAGUAGGGUAAAUACAUCGGUAAACUCUGUUGGUGAAUGAAAAUAUCAACACAAUUUCAUUCGCUGGUGUCUUCGUUUUCAGAAUGUUGAAAGUAAUUCGAUUGGAGCAAAAAAUAUAUCUAAACUGAUGAGUUGAAUAUCGAGAAAAAAUUUAUCGCGGGGUGAGAAACAGUGCUAAAAGAAAAAUUAACUGAAGCUACAAUCGAAUUUUUGAGUGUGUAAUAGAUGGGAAAAAUUAUAUGCUACAUAUUUAAUUUCAUUUGUCAUCGCACGCUACAGUUGAGCAACAGACCGAAUUAUAUAUAUAUUUGAUUCUUACAUCCUCAAGUUGGCCGUCGGCUUAAAUUCAAUGUAUAAAUAUACUUGCUAAAUUCAAAGUCGACAUUUGAUACAGUUACGAAAUAAUAAUUCAGCAAAGCGUAUUAAAGUAGGUAUUUUUUUUUCCAAAAGUAUACCUCGUGCUGUAAAAAUUCGCAUGACAAAAAAAGUUUGUUGGCAAGUUUAUGUGAUUGACUCACGAGGUUGAAGCUCGUAAUGUUGCAAUGCAUUUUUCAGAAAAAUUGUUAUUUAAUAACCUGAGAAUUCAUUGAAAUUAAGGAAACUAAUACAGCAAAACAUAAUCAUAUUUUGCAAAUUUAACUCGUUGAAAGUAAUUUCAAACUUGUGAAACAAUGAUUUUUUCAAAAAUGUUUCGUUUCAUUAAUGUUGAUUAUUUUAACCUCGUAUUAAUUCUGAAAGAGUAUAAUCAUUAAAGGUUCAAGCCUUCUGUCUUCGGUAGAUUACAAUGGGAUGUAUGUUGCUACUACUAAGAUAAAAUGGCUGUUUUUUAGAACGGGUUUGGAGAGCAUAAUGCAAGACAUUGCAAACUAAUGUAUUUAAUCUCGACAAGAUAAUCGUUAAGUGUUCAUGAAAGAGUAAGCGUAAGUUUAGUAUUAGCAUAAUAACUAUAAGAAUUUGUGUAAUCCGCGAAUUGUGCUAGCAAUUAACUUGCAAUUAUUUUUUUUUAUUUAUUUUUUUUUUUUUUCUACUAUUUUUUUUCAUUCCGGAAUAUAAUUUGAUGUAUCGCGUCGAAAUUUACUGACAACGCUCUAGUUUUCUAUUUCACUGUAAGUUUCUUCUUCUGAUUUAUUCAUAAAUGAAUCAGCUCAGUUCUGUGAGAAACUGAUCGAUACUACUACUUUUAUACUGAUUAACAAUGUACAGAAACAUUGUAUAGUUUCAACUAGGUGUUGUUUAGAUCUUUUUUGCAAUUGAAAGAUGCAUCGUGGUUGGACUGGGACCCUACGUUAUAUAUAUAUAUAUAUAUAUAUAUACAUAUAAUUUGCCACGUAUGCAUAUAGAUACAUGUAAAUUCGCUCCUUUUUUACUAACUGCUGAACAAGGUAUGUGCAUUUUCGAGUCAUUUGUAAAUCUAAAUGAAAAACAUUACGCGUUACUUUUAAUAAUCGCAUCUUUAUUUUGAUAUGUUCACAGUAUUACAAUGGUACGUAUAAUUCAAGUAGUUGCAUUGGAGCGGUUCAACUGUCCAUUUAGUUCAUUCAUGAAAUAGAUAAGAAAAUAUGCAUUCACAAAUCCCAGUUUCUUUACCUCGGCACAGUUUGAUGACAAUUUGUUGAUGCUUUUUCAACGAGCCAUUUGCUAUGUUGAAAUUGCCGUUUCGCUUCUUUAUAUCUUCCUGUAUUCUUUGAAAAUCAAGAGAUAACUGAUUGAAAUUGAACACUAAUUUCAAUAGAAAGGUCAUAUUCAAGACUUUUUCUUCUUUCUAUAAUUUAUUCUUCACUGUAACAACAAAAUUUGAGAGCCUGAUCGUACAUUAUUAUCGUGCGUCACAAUUCGGAAUCGCUUUUAGAUUAACUCGAUUAAUCGGAAAUAAGUUCUGUUCUGUUACAUUAUGUGAAUGUUGAUUUAGUUAUUACGUAGUCUGACCCUAAUCUAGCUUUUGUGGACCAUUUUGUGACGCACACAAAUCAAUCAUGACCUAUCUUUUCCAAGUAUAUAUACAUACAUAUAUAUAUAAUUAAAGUCAUUGGUAUAAGUAAGUGUAUAAAAAAUAAUGAUAACGAUAAUAAUAAUAAUAUCGGUGCGAUAUGUUUAUGGUAUUCAAAUUACAGUCUGUGGAUUACGUUUCGCGCAAUUUCAGAAAGAAUCGAUCCUCCUCCCUGUAUGAACUAAAAAAACAUAAUUUGCCCUCAACAAUUAUUAAAAACUACAACUGCAAUUUGACGCUCGACGAAUACAAUAGUUAACGUCAACAACAACGAUUUUCAGACUGCCGUAAUAAAUUGCAUCUUUGUAUAUGUAUAAUAUUUUACAAAUUAAACAAAAAAAAAAAAUAUAUAUAUAUAUAUACAUAUACAUACUCCACUAUGUAUAAAACAUAUAAUAAUCUAGAUGACGUAUUUUCAAUGUAAAUGCAAUAAAACUUUUUGUGGAACGUCAUUUUGCUAUCAGCCUCCAAACGACAUGCAUAGAAUAUUAUAUUAAAUUUAAAUGUAAAAAUCAGCUUAUCUAUAAGUAUAUACGUUAUCUACACAAAUGCAUACAUACACAUAGUAUACUCAUUUUAGUUUCUUAUACUAUUUUAUUUUAUAUAAGAGCAAUCUGUAUUAUGCAAGCACUAUAUUUUUUUUGUCGUACAUUUAAUUAUCUACAUUCUAGUUCAUACGAAAUAAAUCUAUAGUUGUAAUA